AUGAUUAUUGCUCAACCUCAGCUGGCGAUAAAUAGCAUUCCGUUUACCACAAGGGUAUACUGGAUGCGCCGUGCAAAUGCGGCUCUUGCGGAGCUGAGUGACUCUCCAUGCCCUUUUGCUGCGUUUGGUAGUGUGAUUGUGAACCACACUGGCUCUACUGGCUUGGGCAAUUUGAUUUGUAUCGCGGUCAACGAGAAUUCCAGGACGGGGAAUCCAUCCAUGCACGGGGAGAUAGCCGCAAUAAAUAAUUGCACAGCGAUUCUUACCGAUCCAAACGGACGGUUUCGUCUUAGUCCAGCUGAGGCACAAGACGCAUUCGCAGACUUGACAAUAUACACCAAUGCCGAAAGCUGCCCAAUGUGUGCGUCCGCCAUCCGGUGGUCUGGGUUUCGUGAAUAUGUGUACGGGACAUCAAUCGAGACACUCAUCCAGAAUGGAUGGGGUCAAAUACAAAUCCUCUCAGAAGAGGUCUUCGAAGCCUCCCGGGACCUGCCAUCUCAGUCCCGUUUGAUAGGGGAGAUCUUAACCAACGAGACGGAUCCCUACUUCCUCUGGCAGUACAAUCCAAAUUACUCCUGCCCUCAUGGUUGUCAUCGUCCGGAGAAUGGUCUAAUAUGUCAGGCAAAGUAG